AUGGCCGCGCGCCCUGCAUCCCUCCUCAUGGCACACCUCCGCACAGCAGCUGUUCCCGCAGCCCGCCGCUGUCUUGCGCGCAGCUUUGGACCUGCUGCCCGCGCCUCCCUCGCCCACAGUGCCACUCGCUGCCUCUCCUCCACUGCACCCCGCCCCAGCGCACUCGCCGUCAACGACCUGACGCAGGUCUUCCACCAUGUCGCGCCUUUGCGCAAGUUUCGUCGCCAUCUGCUGCUGAACAAUCGCACAGUGGGCCUGGUCCCAACCAUGGGCGCACUGCAUGAGGGCCACAUCUCGCUGGUCAGACAGGCAGCAGCGGAAAACACGGACGUGUGGGUCACCAUCUACGUGAACCCUACCCAGUUCGGCGUGAACGAGGACCUGGCCUCCUACCCGAAGACAUGGGAGGCGGACAUGGAGAAGCUACGCGACCUGGACAGAGUCCUGGCGAGAGAGGGCACGGGCCGCGUGUCCGCCGUCUUUGCUCCGAGCACCAACACCAUGUACCCUACCUCGCCUCCAGACAGCAGCCUGCCUGGAGUAGGCAGCUUUGUUGAGAUGCGCCCGCUCGGACAGUUGUUGGAGGGCGCAUCGAGACCCGUCUUUUUCCGCGGUGUGGCGACUGUGUGCAUGAAGUUGUUCAACAUCUGCACACCGGAUAGUGUGUACUUUGGCCAAAAGGACGCCCAGCAGACCGUCGUCAUAAAGAAGCUGGUCAAGGACUUCCAUCUGGACACAAAAGUCCGCAUCUGCGACACAUCGCGAGAAUCAGAUGGACUGGCCCUGUCCUCGCGCAACGUCUACCUCGGUGCUCGCCGACGCAACGUCGGUAUCGUACUGAACCAGGCAUUGCGCAAGGCAGAGGCUCACUUCAAGGACGGCAAGCGCCUGCGCGGUGACAUUCUCUGGCCUGCAGUCGACCACGGAGACCGGGUCCAGCACGAGCAGGAAGCGCUAGAGCCUAGCAAGCGAGCCAGGUUCCAGGUCGACUACAUCAGUCUUGCAGAUCCUGACACAAUGGAGGAGAUCGAGAAAGUGGACGACACAAAGGGCGCCAUUCUAAGUGCUGCGGUCAAGAUGCUUCCCCUUGAGGAGCCCCAACAAGGCGAGGAGCUAGGCUUGGGAGGUGGCCAGGUCGCUGUUCGACUCAUCGACAACAUUGUCCUCCAGCCUACAAGAUGA